CAGCUUCAGAUCAGAGCAGGAAAACUACACAGCAAACAGCCUGAAUUAAUCCAUCGAUCCAUGAGGGUGCUUUUAUUUCCUCGGUAGCGCUUUUGCUGGAGAUGUAGGUGUUUGUGGUGCAUGUUCGGGGGAAGUGGGAGGCUUUUGUCAGUAAAAACUGAACUUGAAAGCAUCGUAAUGCAGAGGGGAUGGGAUGUUAUUCCCUCCAAUGUGGGCUGCAUUCUGUGAAGUGGAUUAAAAAGCGACAGAGGAAGGUAUUUAUGAGCAGACAUUUCUUAUAUAACUGCAGCCAACCAGUCCUGGAUGUAAAGAUAGCCUUUUGUCAGGGUUUUGGAAAACAAGUGGAUGUGUCAUAUAUUGCCAAGCAUUACAACAUGAGCAAAAGCAAAGUGGACAACCAGUUCUACAGUGUGGAAGUGGGAGACUCUACCUUCACAGUUUUAAAACGCUACCAGAAUUUAAAGCCCAUUGGCUCUGGAGCUCAGGGAAUAGUCUGUGCGGGCUAUGAUGCUGUCCUGGACAGAAACGUGGCCAUUAAGAAGCUGAGCAGACCCUUCCAGAACCAGACCCACGCCAAGAGGGCAUACCGGGAGUUGGUGCUCAUGAAAUGCGUCAAUCACAAAAAUAUUAUCAGUUUAUUAAAUGUCUUCACACCACAGAAAUCAUUAGAGGAAUUCCAGGAUGUGUACCUAGUGAUGGAGCUGAUGGAUGCCAACUUGUGCCAGGUGAUUCAGAUGGAGCUCGACCACGAGAGAAUGUCCUACCUGCUCUACCAGAUGUUGUGUGGCAUCAAACAUCUGCACUCAGCCGGCAUCAUUCACAGGGAUCUCAAACCAAGCAAUAUAGUGGUGAAGUCAGACUGCACCCUGAAGAUCCUGGACUUUGGUCUGGCCAGGACUGCAGGCACCAGUUUCAUGAUGACCCCUUAUGUGGUGACCAGAUACUACAGAGCCCCAGAGGUCAUCCUGGGAAUGGGAUACAAAGAGAACGUGGACAUUUGGUCGGUGGGCUGCAUUAUGGGAGAAAUGGUGCGCCACAAAAUCCUUUUUCCUGGCCGGGACUACAUUGACCAGUGGAACAAAGUGAUCGAGCAGCUGGGAACGCCUUCACCAGAGUUCAUGAAGAAGCUGCAGCCCACAGUGAGGAACUACGUCGAGAACCGGCCAAAGUACGCAGGACUCACCUUCCCCAAGCUGUUCCCCGACUCUUUCCCUGCUGACUCUGAGCACAACAAACUCAAAGCUAGCCAAGCCAGAGACCUGCUGUCUAAGAUGCUGAUCAUCGACCCCGCUAAACGGAUAUCAGUGGACGAGGCCUUACAGCACCCCUACAUCAACGUGUGGUACGAUCCAGCUGAGGUGGAGGCGGCCAGAGAUCUCAUCCAAAUAUCCAUGCCUCCACCUCAGAUCUACGACAAGCAGCUGGAUGAAAGAGAACACUCCAUUGAUGAAUGGAAAGAACUAAUCUACAAAGAGGUGAUGAACUUUGAGGAGAGAACGAAGAAUGGCGUAGUGAAGGGACAGCCUUCACCUUCAGGUGCAGCCGUGAACAGCAGCGAGAGCCUCCCUCCCUCCUCCUCCAUCAACGACAUCUCCUCCAUGUCCACCGACCAGACCCUGGCCUCAGACACUGACAGCAGCCUGGAGACCUCUGCAGGACCCCUGGGGUGUUGCAGGUGACUAGCCGCCUGCCUGCGCAACCCCAUGUUCUUCCGGAGGUGAAGAACCCAAACCCGAAAUGACCAACUGAAAAAAAAAACAAACAAAACAAAUACAAAAAAAAAAAAAGAGUAAAGAUCAAGAUUAAUAUAUUGAGAACAAAAAGUUAUGGAAACACAAUCUGAAAUGAUGAAAUCUAAAAGCCUGUGCAUUGUCAUUCAAAAACAGCAGUGGUAUUUAAGCUGAAGUAAAUGAGCUGAGAUAUAUGUUAAUGAUCCUCUAGUUGCUUUGCUUAUAUUAACCCACAUAUCUUGUAUAUGGCAUCCGAACAAAAAUGACCGAGUGCUUAGACUUGCAUCUCCUGUAAAAGUGCAUAUUUGGCUGGCUGCUGGUCUCCCAAAUCCUUACAAAAGCAUUUAUGCUCCGAUCAUUGUGGCAAGGUGGGCUGCCAUUGUGCUCAUCGCUACUGCGAAUUGAUUUCUCUUCCCUCUUGACUCUUAUUUACCUACACUGCUGUGUUUUAACCUCUUGCCUUUUGUCUGAGACACCUUCCCCUCCUCACCCUCCACCGAUCCAAAUGUAAGGUUGCCUGAUUCUGUGUGUUUUUAUGUGGUAAAUUCUGCAGGGACACGGUGCCGCUCCUCACGCAGAGCGGCACCCCCUGCACUUGUUGUAAAUAUUGUAAUUCUGUACAGCUGAAGGGUGGACAGAGUGGGACUGACGGCCAGUACACUGGGAGUUUCUUUUUCUUCUGACUAGCGCACCUUGCCACAUCACCGCUUUCCACCUCAGUUGCCCCCCCCGCCUAUCGCUGUAGUCCUGCAUGAUUAGAUUUGAACAAUGCUAAUCUCACUGUAUGCUAAAAUGAGUCUGUAUAGAGACUUUUGUUUAUAUACGAUGUAAAACUAACUCAACUCCAGACGUGAGGGGGUCUGGUCACAGUAGGACAUGUUUGAGUGUGUGAAUGCGUGAGUGAGUGUGUGUGUGCGUGUGUGCGUGUGUGCGUGUGUGUGUGUGUGUGUGUGUGUGUGAGCCAAUAAGACAUUAGUAAAAGUCAGGGCUGAGUUCAGGAUUUAAAGGGUCAGUACACUCAGAGAUAAAUUAUUUUGAUUGUGUUCAGGCUUGUAAGAAGUCUGAUUUUGCGUGUAAUGCCCCUUUUCUUUGGCCUGGCAGCGUGUGAUCGGUCCUUCCACCACUCCACGGGCUGCAAACGCGGCCCUGCAUGUCAUUGUGUACCAUUAACCCCUCGUAGGCGCAGGAGGUGGAUCUGUUUCAGACUAUUCCUGUUCGUUUGACUCUUUGAAACAUAAAACACUUUCAGAACGAGACACAGUAGGGCGUUUUACGGUGGACAUUGAGUGUUAACCUCGUAGCAAUGACUUGUUUUCUUCUCAUCUCACUCAGCACCACACAAAUAUGUCAUAUCACAGCAAAAGGGGGAUCUGGAUCAAAGCCACCUAUAAGUUAUGCUUGACAUGGUUUCUUAGCUGGACAGCUUAAUUUAUUGACUUAUUUAUUUUGAUAAGAAGGAAACUGAAUAUGGCAAGUGCCUUUUGGAAUGAAGCAUUGCAGGUGCAGAAAUGAUAUUAUUUUGGGGUAUUUUUUUUCCUCUGCUUCUUCUCGUUCUGCCUUAAAACUGCCCCCAAAGUCAGCAAGUUUGGUUUUCCACAACUUGUUUGGCUCAAGAACAAUCCAUUGCUCAUGCUAGUUUUCUGCCAUUUUACAUUUCGAUUUGAUUUUCCUUUUUUCUUCUCAUGCAACAGUCCAGAUUUUCCCAAACUGGGCAUGCACAAAAACCCAUGUGUGUUGUUUGCAUUGAGUUUUUGAAAAGCCUCUUUCUCUCACUCCAUUAUCUAGUUACAGCCCACCGCUCUACUUUAUGUCCGUCAUAUUGCAAGAACAUUUGCAAGUGAAAGAGUGAUGUACAGUUAGUUUGUCAGACUGAAACGAGAAUAUCCUCACCUAACUACAAUAUUGCAACCAAAACCUCGGCUUUCUUUUUAUGCUUUAGCUAAUGCAGGUGACCUUUAACUUGUGUGUAUUUUACAUAUAUGCUCGGUUAUAAUGGAAGGAAGGAAGAAAUUCUCAUUAUUUUGCCAUUUUUUAUGUUUUCAUGCAGGUUUAGUGAGUUUACAGAUAAAAAGCUCUGGAUUAAAUGAAUUCUGCCGGUGGAUGUAUGACAUGUUAGGAACUCUGAUCUCUGUUUGUGCGACCAAAACGAACGGAUAACUCCUUACUUGAGGCAUAGUUUGCAUAAUAAAUUAAACUACCUGUUGCAUAAAUGUGACAAAGGACACACUCAAGGAUGCUUACACUGUCUGUUAAUGAAACACACGGGGGCAUCUGUGUGUUUCGAGCAUGCAAAAACACCAUUUACAAUCAUUUCUAUGAAUGUCACUGUAUUUCCUUCUGGAUCAUAUAUCCACGGGUUCAGAAUAAAGCUUCAGUCCAGCCAUGACAUUGAGGAGAUGCAGAGACAUCACUGUCAACGUGGACUUUUUCACAUAUUUAUCGACACUGAUUUCUUCUUGCAUGGAGUUUUUGCUGUACAUACAGUCCCUCAGUUCCCGCCUCCUCCCCUACAAAUUCUAUUCAUACCUUUAAAAAAGCUACUUUGUUAACACUCUUUCUGCCUGUGGCUUGUGUACAGUGAACCACACACAGACUAACAGUACCUUCACAGAGCUAAGAGGGUGACUGAGGUUGGCGUCUCCAGAAUAAGCUACGGCUAGCUUGGCUUUCUGUUCAGGGUCUGGCCAGGGCAAUCUUUCAAAAACAGGGUGCAACUUUGAAACUCUUUGUGUUUUCAAUAUGUUCAGAUGAAUUUCUCACAAACGGGUCUCGAUUUUCGAGUCCCGCACCACAAACACUGUUGCAGUUUUUUCUACAGGGCAUUUUAAACCAUCCCAACACUCAUCUUUUACACGUUCUGGUCACGGAGUACAAAUACUGACACGUAUUAAUGUCUUUUUAUUUCCUUUCUCUGAAUGUGAUCUUUUAUAUAAGAUAUCUCUCCAGACAAUUCUGUUGUGAUGAAAGGUGCUUUUGGUUCUGGUUACAGUGGAGGGUUCGAACACAGGAACAGCUGGGUUGUCAGCACUGAAUGUAGAAAUGAAUGGUUUCACAGUUAACGCACAUCGUUGCUGCUCUGCUCAUCAGUGUGUGUGUGUGUGUGUGAUUUUAAAUUAACCAGCAUUCGACACAAACUGUCUGCAAGGUUGAAUCGGAAGAUGUGAUCUGAUGUCUGGAUUUUCAUAUUUUUCUCUUGGUACAAAUUCAUGAGUUAUUUUUUUGUUUCUUUUUGUGCGGUUGCUUUUUGAGAAUGUUGACGGAGAGUCGACACAGUUGUGUGUUCGUUCACGUGUGUAUUCAUUCAUUCAAUUAAAAAUGUGUCAAUCCUGCUCCUGAUUUUUUGUUUUCAAAUGAUCUCUUGGGGAUUCAGGAUUUCAGAAAUUUGUUUGCCAUUUGUUUACAAUCUGAAGACUCAUCAUUCAGCCAUAAUAUUAUUAUUAUUAUUAUUAUUGCCAAUAUGAAUAAGUCAUCACACGUCACAAGUUAGGAUGCAUCUCGUACUCGGCUGUGCCAAUUUUAAAAUCUUUGGACUCAGUACUGGUGAUCCCCAGCUUAUUGUUUUUCACGACUUUCUUUGGAGUUGUAUUGUAAAUAAUAACAAUCCAACAAUGCAAUAAACACUUUAUUGCACUCAGACAGGGAGGCAAGCUACUGCAAGGGUCAGGUGAUGCUAAAAUGUUUAGAGUCUUAAAUGUGGAACUCUACGAUGAUGAAACCCUGUAUAGCUCAUCUGAAUCAGGUGAUGUUGUUCUUCAGUUCUUUUACGAUUCCUUCUCUCUCUCUCUCGUUUCUUUUACUCCGUGCUGUUUUAAUGAAUCAUUCUUUUGACAUUGUCAGGUUAAAAAAAAGGAAAAAAAAAAGAAAUUGUAUCUGUUUCACGCUGAUCUCAAAGCUUCAGGCUAUAGCGUUUCAAGUAAAGUCAAAACAAAUGCAAAAGAAAAAGAAAAAAAAUUACUGAAAGCUGUUACUGUAAACACAACAUUUUAAAGGAACUGUGUAUGUAAAAAUAGUAUAUGUAUGUGAUUGAAAAUAAACAAAACCUUUGAUCUUG